UCGCUCAGACGGCGGCUGACCUAAUUCUUGUAGCUUCGUCGCCGCGGACGGCGGCUCCCUGCAUGCAUCGGCAUGAAACAAGACGACGCCCCCGUUUUUGCCCAGCAGGUCUCCGGCGUCGAGCGCUCUCCACCGGCCACUCCCCCCGUCAGAAUCAGCCAUGACUCACAUGGGGUCUCCGGUGUUGAGCGCUCUCCACCGGCCACUCCCCCCGUCAGAAUCAGCCACGACUCACACGGGCCAUACACGUCCAGGAAAGGCACCUUGUCACGCAGCGCUACUCGUGUCAUUGAUAAAUACCGCCGCAAGAGAGCCACAAAUAAGUCGACGAAAGGCAAUGCAACUAGCACCAGAAUAAAUUCAAGAUGCCAACCAAAGUGUGUCAUUAGUUUGAUUAACGGUUUUGAUGACAUGAAAAAGGAUCUUGUCCGUCAAACAGGGCUUCACGGCAUCCUUCAGCUGAAGUUAACUAAAGUUAACAGACAGUAUGGCGCCUGGCUUCUGAGCAAGAUUGAUGUUGAUUCAUGUGCCAUCGUAGCUGAUGUUCAUAAAGUGGUUCCCUUCUCUGUGAGGGACGUUAAUUCAGUCUUGGGUGUACCAUGCAGCGGGAGAACCAUUGAGACCUGUAACCAAGAUGAGGUAGAAAGGAGUAAGAGGAUUCUUUGUGAUAUUUUUGAGGUUCCACACUUUUCACAGGUUACUGUUAAGUUGUUGGAGACAAUUCUUAAUAAACAAUAUUCAUAUCCGAUGAGCUUAAAGGACCAACGAUCGUUCAAGGCGGCAUUUGUCCUUUAUGUCAUGACAAAGUUCUUGGCUCCGCAAUCACUGGCAAACUACAUUUCCACAAGGUAUAUCAGCGCAGUAGCUGAUAUUGACAAUAUCUCAUCAUACAACUGGGCACAGUUCAUCGUCGACGACCUCUUGAAUUCUGCCAGCUUGAUGCCCAAACGAUUUCAUAAUUCUUCUCAAGUAUCAAUUAACGGGUGUAUACUAUUCCUCCAGACAAUUUAUCUGGACCAUAUUAUGCCAUCAAAUGACGAUGUCAACUGUGAAACCAGUCCUAGGAUUGCGGCAUUUGAUGAUGACCUCGUCACCCGCAUUAUCAUGAAUGACAUGAAGUGCAAACACAACAUUGGGUUCCCUUUCCCUCAGUUUGGGAAGCUGCAGCUCAUGAAACCACCAAGUAUUUACUCCCGUGCACCAGAAGAGGGCUCUCAAGAAAAUCAUCAUUCGACUCCGAGCGCAACCAUUAACCAACCACGUGUCUCCAACAUUUCAGAAUACUUGCAGACACGUUUCAAAUCAACUAAAUUACGGUCGAUAUAUGGAGAAGAGGCUUCUUCUUCCAUUAAGGAUGCAAUCACCAGUGCUGAAGGACAAUUUUCAUCUAUUUUGCAAGAUAUUUCAGAUUUUGAAAACUUUUCUCACAAUCCAGUAGCCAUUGAAGCAACUCAAAAACUUAACAAAAUUCUGGUUACUACUGUUUUCAAUUCGAUAAAAAUUGCAGUAAGGGCCACCCUUCGUAAUGUUCUUUCGGACAACCACAAUAGGUCCGGCGGUCUGGGCAGUCAUGGUGCACUUCAUUCGAACCCCCCAUCAGGCCUUACCCCACCAUCCUUCAGCAAGUAUACUGCUUCACCAUGCCAACAUACAAGCACGCUUGACAGGGAUCAUCCACAACCGGCAUCUCAAGGCAACAUUGGUUCAUGUAGCACAACAAGUAAUAUGUACAACAAUCUAGCAUCCCGCACUCCACCAACCACUCAUAAUGCUUCUGCCUCACCAAGCAAGCAGAAAUCGUCAAUCUCCCAGCAUCUGCUGCUCGCCUGGCACAAGAGUGGACCGUCGCACUAAGUGCGGAGGAUACCAAUGGAGAUGAACAACAACGUAGAUACAUAGUACAAAACCCACCAUCCCACCUUCUAAGAGAUAAAAACACCCGAAAAAUAAAUCGAAACAAGAAACUUUUGUCCCCCUUUCAGACCAAGCAAUGCUCAAUAACACGUAUUGAUACGCGGGUAGCCCGCUCAACUUAUUCGUACAUUCAAGAAAUAUCAAAUGAAGCCUUGUUGGAUGAAGUAUGGCUUCAAAGUUCUUGUCCGUUCAACAUCUCCAUGAAGUUACGCACUCUCCAGCAAUCCAUUGCUCGUCGUGGCUGGAUGGAUACCGACUGCUUAAAUUUUGCGAUCCGCAAAAUGUUCUU